AUGCCUAUUCCAAAAACAGAGAUGCUAACUGUGAUGAUUUAUUUCAAGCACCAUGCCUUCCUGAUUCUCCAGACUGCAGGCAGGCAUCAGUACAUUUCAUACAUCCUAGCAUUCAAAAAAUGUGGAAAGUUGUGGUUCAGUGGAUCUCAGGAAUUGGAUCCUGUUAAGAAUCCUUCCUACAAACUGGUGGUCUCAGUGGAGGACAUGGAAGGCCAGAAUGAGAAUUCCUUCAGUGAUACCACAUCUGUGGAUAUUACAGUGAAGGAGAACAUUUGGAAAGCACCAGAACCUGUGAAAAUCCAAGAAAAUUCAACUGAUCCUCACCCCAUCAAAAUCACUCAGUACGUUUUUUAUGCGGUUGCAAAGGAUGAGCAUGGAAAGCCAGUUGCGUUGCCACUGAGAAUUCAUGUUGAAGUUACAGACAUUAAUGAUAAUCCACCUACAUGUCCAUCUACAAUGACUGUAUUUGAGGUCCAGGAAAAUGAAGGAGUAGGUAGCAAUAUUGGGACUUUUAUUGCCCAUGACAUGGAUAAAGAAGGCACUUCCAACAGUGCUUUACAGUACAGAAUUGUGGAACAAAUCCCCCAGAUUCCCAAAGAUAAUCUCUUCCUGGUUAAAAACUAUGAGGGAGUGUUCCAGUUGGUUCAGCAGUCCUUGAAGAAGCAAGAUACUCCUCAGUACAACUUAACAGUAGAGGUAUCUGACAGUGAUUUCAAGACCCUCUGUCUUGUGCAAAUUAAUGUUAUUGAUAUCAAUGAUGAGAUCCCCAUCUUUGAAAAGUCAAAUUAUGGAAACCUGACUCUUGCUGAAGACACAGAAGUUGGGUCCACCAUCUUAACCAUCCAGGCCACAGAUGCUGAUGAACCAUUUACUGGGAGUUCUAAAAUCCUGUAUCGUAUUACAGAGGGAGACAGUGAGGGACAUUUGGAGAUUGACACAGACCCCCUCACCAAUGCUGGAUAUGUCAGGAUUAAAAAGCCUCUUGAUUUUGAAACAAAACCUGUUUACAACAUUGUGUUCCAUGCGGAAAAUCCUGAGCCUCUGGUGUCUGGUAUAAAGUACAAUUCAAGCUCUUUUGCCACGUUCAAGCUUAUUGUGACAGAUGUAAACGAGCCACCUACAUUUUCCCAACAAGUAUUCCAAGUGAAUGUUCAUGAGAAUGUAACAAUAGGCACUAAACUGGGCAAUGUGACUGCUAAGGAUCCCGAAGGUCUGGAGAUAAGUUAUUCCCUGACAAACGACAAUAGAGGUUGGCUCAAAAUUAACCCUGUCACUGGCGAGAUAUUUAGUAAGGCGCAGCUGGAUAGGGAAACUGAAAGUCCAUACCGGGUACAAGUCGUGGCUACCGAAAUAGGUGGCUCCUCCUUGAGAUCCACUGCGAGCUUCCACCUGAACCUCAUGGAUGUGAAUGACAAUGCUCCACGGCUAGCCAAGGACUACACAGGCUUGUUUUUAUGUCAUCCUCUCCAAACCCCUGGAAGUGUCAUGUUUGAAGCCACUGAUGAUGAUCAGCAGUCAUUUCGAGGCCUACAUUUUACAUUUGCCCUUGGCAGUGAGAGCCUACAAGAUGACUGGGAAGUUUCCAAAAUCAAUGGCACUCAUGCCAGACUCUCCACCAGGCACACAAACUUUGAAGAGAGAGUUUACGACAUCCCUAUCCGCAUCAAGGAUGGGGGUCGGCCACCCAUGGAAGGGACUGUCUCUUUAUCAGUUACUUUCUGUACAUGUGUGGAGGAUAGGUGUUUCCGGCCAGCAUCUCACCAGCCUGGGAUACCCACCGUGGGCAUGGCAGUUGGUGUACUCCUAACCACCUUGUUGGUCAUUGGUAUAAUUUUAGCAGUUGUAUUUAUCCGUGUGAAGAAUAAAAGCAAAGCUAAGACUGGGAAUGCUCGGCCAUCUGAAGUCAGACCUCUGAGCAAAUGA